AUGCUGUCCGCAUUCACGGCUCGGCCCAUCAUCGAGCUCAAGCAGCGGGACAAGUCCAAGAUUGAGUCCAUCUUGGCUUAUGGCGACCGCGUGCUCGUCGGCCUCAACACCGGCUCCCUUCGAAUCUACCGAGUAAACGACAUCCCACCACCAUCCGAUCCCCCAAACCACCCCCCCUCCCAAACCUCCACCAGCCAACCCUCCCACGAUGAACCACCACCACCACCCCAAAAACCAACCGACCUCCUCCGCGAGGUAGAAAAGUUCUCCCCCCGCGCCAUCGAGCAGCUGGCCAUCAUCAAAGGAGCCAACACGCUAGUCUCCCUCUCAAACUACACCGUCUCCCUCCACGACCUCCAAACCUUCUCCCCCAUCGAAGCCCCCCUCUCCAAAACAAAAAACGCCUCCACCUUCGCCGUAACAAGCAACGUAGUCCAGGACCCGUCAACAGGCGUCCCAGAGAUCAUCUCCAGGCUCGCCGUGGCUGUAAAACGCCGGUUGUUGCUCUGGUCAUGGCAGGAGAGCGAGCUAUCCCCCGAUGUGACCGAGAUACUACUCUCGGAAUCAAUCCGGUCACUAACCUGGGCAAACGCCACCAAGAUCGUCUGCGGCAUGAACGGCGGGUUUGUCAUUGUAGACGUGGAGACGGGAAGUAUAGAGGAUAUCGUCGGGCCAGGGGCGAUCGGGACGACGGGAGGGGGGGGUGGGACGGGACGUUUCGGGUCGGUGAGCGCUACUGGGAUGUCGUAUAUGGGAUUGGGGAGUUACAUCCCUAAGCCGCUGUCUACCAAGCUCGCGGAGGGCGGGUUGUUGCUCGCAAAGGACAUCAACACUUUAUUCAUUGACGAUUCCGGGAGGGCGCUGGAGAAGCAUCAGAUCCCGUGGCAGUCUGCGCCCGAGUCGAUCGGGUACAGCUAUCCAUACAUUCUGGCUCUGCAGCCGCCGGUGAAGGGGACGCUGGAGGUGCGCAACCCUGACACGCUGAGUCUACUGCAGACGAUCAGUCUCCCUGGUGCGGCGGCUCUGCACUUCCCCCCACCGACGGUUAGUGUCCAGCACACGGGCAAGGGAUUCCACGUCCUGAGCGAUAGGGCAGUGUGGAAAAUGGAAGCGACGGAUUACGACUCGCAGAUUGACGAGCUGGUCAAGAACGGGAGGCUGGACGAAGCGAUCAGUGUGCUCGGCAUGCUGGAGGACGCCUUGUUGAAGAAUAAGACUGAGACUAUGAGGGAGGUCAAGAUGCUAAAGGCGGAGGUGCUGUUUAAGCAAAAGAAAUACAGGGAGUCGAUGGACCUGUUCAGUGAAGACGAGGUGGAUGCCCCACCGGAAAGAGUCUUGAAGUUGUUUCCCAGGAUUAUUGCGGGGGAUUUGUCGGGUGUGGAGGAGCAGGAGGAGCAGGAGGAGCAGGAGGAGCAGGAGGAGCAGGAGGAGCAGGAGGAGGAGGAGAAGAAGAAGAAGAAAGAUGAUUCUGAUCAUGAGGGGAGUACAGUUGGGAAGCACUCGGAGCCGGAGGUUGUCGCCUCUCCUCCCAAGGCUGGCGGGGGGGGAGGGGGGGGGUUUGCAAAGUAUCUGAUGGGACAUCGGAAGCAACAGCUUAAUCCUGAGACUGCUUCUGUCGCCUCUUCGCGGCGGACAACACAGGAUGAUGACGCGGCUAGUGUUAGGGGGCGAUCAAGCGAGGACCAUCACGCACAGGAGGAGAAGGAGAAGGAUUUGAAGAAUGCGGUUCUGGAACUGAAUUCUUAUCUUGCUGGUGCCAGGGCGAGGUUGCAGAGGGUGAUUGAUCCUGCUACGGGGAAACUGAAACCGAGGAGGGCCCGGUCGGAGACGCUCUCUGCCUCCCAGACGGCUGCUCAGGAGGAUCUGACGCUUUCUUCGCGGCAGGUGGAUGAGUCGGAGUUGCAGCUCGCGGCGGAGCUGCAGCACACGUUCAAGAUUGUGGACACGACGCUGUUUAGGGCGUUCAUGUACUCGCGUCCGCAGCUGGCGAGCUCGCUGUUUCGGAUACCGAAUUUUUGCGAUCCGGAUGUGGUGAAUGAGAGGUUGGUGGAGCAUAAUCGAUUCAAUGAGCUGGUUGACUUUUUCUAUGGCAAGAAGCUUCAUCGGGAGGCGUUGAAUCUCUUGAGGAAGUUUGGGAGCUGUCCGGAGCCGGAUGAGGCGGCGCCGGGCUUGCAUGGGCCGCAGAGGACGGUGGGGUAUCUGCAGGGGUUGCCGCCGGAGAUGAUUGAUGUUAUCUUGGAGUUUUCCGAGUGGACGCUGAGGAAGGACCCGGGGUUGGGGAUGGAGGUUUUUUUGGCGGAUACGGAGAAUGCG